AUGACAAACAAUGCUUAUUUGGAUAUUAAUUUGAAUGAUACAGAAUGGUAUGAUAUUGAGCCACCUUGGCAAUUGAAUAAUUCGUUUGGUUGGGAUUCUGAUGGUAUUCGAGGCCAUAUUUUUGCUAAUGACGACGAUUCUUUGAUUGUUAUCAGUAUAAAAGGUACAAGUGCAGGAUUAUGGACAGGUGGACCAACAGGAGAAAAAGAUAAGCUUAAUGAUAAUAUGUUGUUUUCUUGUUGUUGUGCAAGGAUUAGUAGAGCUUGGACACCAGUAUGUAAUUGUUUUAAAGGAAACGAAUACAAAUGCGAAUUGAGUUGUUUACAAAAGAAUAUCGACCAAUCCGAAUUAUAUUAUGACCAUGCACUGGAUAUAUACAAAGAUGUUUACGGGAAAUAUAAAACCAGUUCAAUAUGGAUUACAGGUCAUUCUUUAGGUGGUGCAUUAGCUAGUUUAGUUGGACAAACAUUUGGGGUUCCUGCUGUUACGUUUGAAAUACCCGGAGAUAGAUUAGCAUCCACUAGACUACAUUUGCCACAUAGUCCUGGUAUUAAUUUACCAAUUUGGCAUUUUGGUCAUACAGCAGAUCCUAUCUUUGUUGGUGUAUGCACAGGUCCUUCUAGUAGUUGUUGGUAUGGUGGAUAUGCUAUGGAAUCUCGUUGUCAUACAGGUAAAGUAUGUAUUUGGGAUACAGUAAAGGAAAAUGGAUGGAGAGUAGAUAUUAGGUUACAUCGAAUACAUGAUGUUAUCGAAAAUAUCUUAAAACAACCUGAUUCAUUUCCUUUACCCCACUGUGUUGAAGAAGAAGAUUGUGCAGAUUGUGGCUUAUGGGACUUUUAUGAUGAAAGAGAUGUUCCAUUCACCACUACUGACGCAACUCUAAACAGUAAAGCAACGAUUCCUCCUAUCAUGAAUUUAUGA